AACAAAUCCGAGUGACAGCGCAACCAACUGACACAGCUGACGCGCGUAACGUCAGAGCGCGCGUUCAACCCUUCGCAUUACGCGUGAGUGUGACUGCGUUUUAGUUGUGUUUGAGUGGGGUGUGCGUUGCAGACAUCUGAAGAAGAAGAAGAAGAAGCAGGAGAGCAAACCCACCGCGGCUAUUCUGCCCCUCUGUUGAUACGCACUGCAGAUGAAGACGCGACGCGAAAUCAGUAACAGUCGAUUGGCUGCCAUCAGAGUUACAAGUACUUAAACGCCGUCAAGCGGACGGAAGUCAAAGGUCGAUCGGUCGUCACUAAUAAAUCUCGCUAAAUACUUCCGUGUACGCGUAUAGGUGACCGUUGUGUCCAGUGUCGUAUGACUUUAGGCACCGGUGUCGAGUGCAAGGAAUAAAAGUGUUUGCACAGCGUCAGCAAGCGUCAUUACAACAAGUGAACGCUUAGUGUGCGGAACAGUCGUGAGCACGGUGGGAACUUUGAAUCAUAGUUAAGUGGAGAAUAACUGGGUUAACGAACGCGCCUUUACUCGCGUGUGUUGUGAAUUACAAAAAAUUUUGUCGAGAAACCUUAUUAAAAUAUUAAAAAAAUAUAUAUAUUUUUAAGUGUUUAAAGUGCCCCCGAAGCCCUCCGGCAAAAUGGUGAUGCUGCAGUCACCAGCCAAAAACUCCGACGCUUUGCCAGCUAAUGCCGUCGGCGGCCAACUGAGUCCCAACUCCAAUCCCGAUUCGCCCAAAUCGAACACUUCACCGGAGGUUGCAAGCAGUAAUGCCGGCGGUGCUGCAACGCCCACGUCAACCACGUCUAGCGCCUCGCUAACGCCAAAGAUACCCAAAUUCAUUAUAAGCCAACAAUCUCUAGCAGCCGCUAAUAAUAGCGGUACCUCAACCACCGCCGCCGGCAAAUCGUCCAACGCCAAUAGCGACAGCCUGCGCUACUCGCUCGAGCGUCUAAAGCAGAUGACAGAGUUGAAUGUUGUGAAUCGCCUAAGUCCCACUGCAACGAACGCCGAUUCCCCUGAACACGCCGAUGCGGAAAAGUGCAAUAAUAAUAAUAGUAACAGUGUGAACAACAAUAACAACACUUAUACUAACGGCCCCACAGGCAACAGCAACGGCGGCAACAACAACUGUAAUACCAACAGCCGUCCCUCCCUUACACCGCCAGCCACAUUCCCCAGUCCGCCACAACGUAAGCUGCUUGAGUUUAACGAUGUGCCCGGCCAAUUAACGCGCCCAGAGCCUUUGCCUCAUCCGCAUGCCGCUCUCUUGCAGCAACAUCCACAUUUGCUACAAAAUCCGCAAUUCAUCGCCGCCGCCGCCGCUGCCCAACAUCAGCAUCAACAUAAUCACAAUCUUCAGCAGCAUCAUCAACACCAACACCAACACCAGCAUCACCAUCUCCAUCAACAACCGCCAACGAACCAUCCGCAUUCGCAUCCCCACCAUCCAUUAGCAGAUUUCCAUCCAAUGCGUCCAUCGCUGUCCACUAUGGUUGGUUUGACGCCACCACCGCCAUCGUCGCAAACUUCGAAUUUACAUCUGCAUCUGCCAUCGCCCGCCAGCUCGCCGCUUUCGCCACCCACAUCACCGCUUCAAUCACAACAUUCCGAACAGCCGCAAACAACACCGCAACCGCUGUCACCCGUGCAGCCACAACAUCAGCACCAGCACCAACACCAACACCAGCAGCCACAUUCCACAUCUACGUCAUUGUCUUCCGCCUCGUCGAAUAUUGCACUUUCGCCCCAACAACAUCAUCUGCUGUCAACGCCACCCUCAUCAAUAUUGCUCAGUGCUCCGCAUACCCUUCCACAUGCCGCCCAAUUGGCCAAUUGUAGUCCCUCAUCAACACUUACGGCGCCGCAUGAUAUGGAUCUGGAAAGGAUUAAGCUGGUCGCUGCGCAAGCAGUGGCUGCCCGGUCUACCGUGACAUUGGGCUCAGCUGCUAAUGCGUCUAGUACCUCCUCGGCUGCCGCUGCCGCCUCUAUGGCCGCAGCGGCAUCCGGCCUGUGUUUGUCAUCGUCAAAUCCGCGUCCAGACCUUAGCGACUAUGGUUUUCGAAUACAGUUGGGUGGGUUGGCGGCGGCGGCCGCUGCAGCUGCAGCCACUUCACGACAAAUAGCGGCGGCAAAUUAUGCACGCAGUGAUACGAGCGAAGAGUUGAAUGUGGAUGGCAACGAUGAGGACAGCAACAAUGGGUCAGAUAGCACGCCAACGGCCUGCCCUGUUGAUCUGACACGAUCGGUGCCGACAUCCGCCUCAACAACUUCCUCAACGACCAAUGCUUCAACGGAAAAAGAAGCCACAAAGCGGCUAGCUUUUUCAGUGGAGAAUAUUUUGGAUCCCAAUAAAUUUACUGGGCGAAUUGGACCUUCGGGACAUUAUGGUGGACGCGGUUGGGGUUCAAGUAGUAGCAAUGCCGAUCGAGAUGAUGAUAUGCACGACGAUGAACACAGUGAAGAUAUGUCAGCCCACGACCUCAAUGACAUGGACCAGGAUGACAUGUGCGAUGAUGGCAUGAGCAGCGACAUUGAUGACCAUGCCAGCGAAACGGAUUCGAAGAAGGGUGGCAGUCGAAAUGGCGAUGGCAAAUCUCAAGGCGGCAGUGGUGGCGGCUCAAAGCCGCGGCGCGCGCGUACCGCUUUUACCUAUGAACAGUUGGUAUCGCUGGAGAAUAAAUUCAAGACUACACGGUACUUGAGCGUUUGCGAGCGACUAAAUUUGGCGCUGAGUCUCAGUCUCACAGAAACACAGGUCAAAAUCUGGUUUCAAAAUCGACGCACCAAAUGGAAGAAACAAAAUCCCGGCAUGGAUGUGAAUAGUCCGACGAUUCCUCCACCACCGGGGGCAGGUGGUUUCGGACCCGGCGCCUAUGCCAGCAGCUUGCUUUAUUCACACGCUGUGCCCUAUCCGCCCUAUGGACCUUACUUUCAUCCGGCACUGGGUGCACAUCACCUUAGUCAUUCGCAUUCAUAAAAUUGUAAGAUGCAACAACGACUGUUGCAAAUAUUAGAAAUGCGAAAAUAUCAAAAGCGUGAGGAGCACAACGAGACAAGGCUGGACAAAUAAGGUAGAAAUGUGGGAAGGAAUUGUAAAAACUAAUGAGAAAUCUGUUAUGAUUUUUGAAAAGAAGUGGCCACGUUGCAGCGCAACCGAAACGAAACAAUGAUUUAUGAGCCAUUAUCACUGUUGGAGUUUCGAAUUGUUAUUGCUAUUGAAUAACUUAUCAAACCAAAACUGCAUAGUGGAAGUUUUUUGGCUUUAAAGGCUUAAAAAUGUGGUGAAUUAUUGUUUUACACACACACACACACACCACAUAAAUGCUGCAAUUGUAAAUUUUCACAAUAAAUUUUUAUUUUAUUUUUUAUUUUUUGUAUUUCCAUGAAAACCAUGACUUGAAAUUUCAAAGUUUCUAAUACAUACAUAAAUAGUUAAUUAAUUGUAGGUAUAGACAAGUGUGCAAUGAAUUUAAAUGAAUGGUGAAUAUAGUAAUUGAAUAUACUAUGUAUGAACGUAUGUCUGCAUGUAAAAUUAAGAAAUUAUCAUGUAUUUAUGUAGAUAUGUAUGUAUGUAAAAUCUUAAGUUUACUAUUAGCACUGCUAAUUCUGCUUUUAUUCUUAGGCUGGCAAACAAAAACCAAAAUAUGAGUAAAUUUAAUGACUGCUAUUAUUUCAAAACGAAGCCAAAGAAAA